GAUCUCUAGGCUGAGAAAUCCUAAACUCCUCUAAGUACAAAAGAGGGUGGCUUGAGUUUCCCUUACAACACAGUGGACAAUCUUAUGUAUUUUAAAGUGGCAGGUAUCUCCAGUUCCAGUGUUCUUGCUGGGAUUAAGGUGGACAUCAUCAGUGAGAGCAUCGCAGUAAAUUCAAGAAUCUGACCAGAGAGCAUGGAAAAACACAAUCACUCUACAGUGACCAAAUUCUUCCUCUCUGGCUUAACAGACCAACCAGAACUGCAGCUGCCCCUGUUCCUCCUCUUCCUUGGAAUCUACCUGCUCACAGUACUGGGGAACCUUGGCAUGAUCAUCCUGAUCCUGCUCAGCUCCCACCUGAAAACACCCAUGUACUUCUUCCUCAGCAGUCUGUCCUUCAUUGACCUCUGCCAAUCUACUGUCAUUACCCCUAAAAUGUUAGUGAAUUUCAUAGUGGAAGAGAAUGACAUCUCCUACCCUGAGUGCAUGAUUCAACUUUACUUCUUUCUACUUUUUGCUAUUUCAGAAUGUUACAUGCUGUCUGCGAUGGCCUAUGAUCGCUAUGUUGCCAUCUGUAGCCCCUUGCUUUACAGUAUCAUCAUGUCUCAACCUAAGUGCCUUUCUCUUGUUUUAGGAGUUUACAUUAUAAGCAUAGCUUGUGCAUCAGUGCAUGUAGGGUGUGUAUUUAGGAUUGAUUUUUGCAGACCUGAUUUGAUUAACCAUUAUUUCUGUGACCUUAUUUCUAUCCUUCAGCUCUCAUGCUCUAAUAUUUUUGUGAAUGAGUUGAUGAUUCUAAUUUUUAGUGGGAUAAAUAUUAUUGCCCCAACCCUGACCAUCCUCAGUUCUUAUGUUUUCAUCAUUAUCAGCAUCCUACGCAUUAAAUCCACUGAGGGCAGAUCCAAAGCCUUUAGUACCUGCAGCUCUCAUAUCUCAGCUGUUCUUGUCUUUUUUGGUUCUGCUGCAUUUAUGUAUCUGAAUCCAUCUUCUUCCAGUUCCAUGGAUGACGGUAAAGUGUCUUCUGUAUUUUAUACGAUCAUUGUGCCCAUGCUUAAUCCCCUGAUCUACAGCCUGAGAAAUAAGGAUGUCAACAUUGCUCUGAAGAAAAUGAUAGAAAGAUUAUUUUUCUGACAAAUAAAACUAUAAAAUCUAUCAUAAAACUUAAUUUGUUUCUACUACAUAGUAUUAAUUAAAUAUAUGUAA